UGGAUGCCCAGAAGGUGAUGGGCCAGUAUCUAUACUGGUCAUAGAAUCCACCCACAGAAGUCCUCAGAGGUCUCUGAGAAAAUCUCCUUUCCUUUAGGAGUGUCCAUCUGCUUAUAGGAAGAGCAUGCCAAAUGCUUUUUCCCAGGAUGCCCAGAGUUGGUGACGUGGGAACUGGGUUUUGAGGGAUACUUAUGAGUUCAUCCAGCAAGGGAGAAAUGAGGAGGGCUGUGUAGGAUCAAUGGCCAGAGUGUACUCAAGUGAGAGCUGGCUGGUGGGCCACUGCAGAGUGGGGGCUUAGAUGGUACCCUCCCAUUUGUUGCCUCCUGAAUGCUGUAAUUAUGGGUCUGUAACCACCCUGAACUGAGUGCUCCUCAUCCACAGGACCUGUCUGAACUUCUCUUUGUCCAUAGCGCCCAGCUCUGGGCCUGGCAAAAACCAAAGGUGCUUGAUAUAUGUUGGCUGAAUGAAUAAACAAGAUUCAGGCCGGCAGGGGCGCUGUGGUUUAGGAGGAGUCUGGGGUUUCUCCUGGAGAGUUUUUUAGCAUCAUCCUGGAGGGCUCUGGGCUCUCACUUGUGCCAGUGGCCAGGAGUCCUGGGCUUUCCUUCUUCAUGGUUAAAUUUCUCUGCUUUCUGGGUCUGGGAAGUAGGGAGGAGGAGCUCCGUGUGACCUACCCAGGAUACCAGCCUGUGGGUGGAAAUAGCAUGGACAGGGAGAACAAAUAGGGUGUUUGUCACCAGGAUUUUGGGGAGGCUGAGCCAGCUUGGGCUGAAGAAGUCCAAGGGGCUACCUGGAGGAGGUGGCCUCAUCUGAUUCAACAGGUGGAGAUGGGAGAACCUUUGGGGGCUGGGAAUGACUUGUCUGAAGGCCAGGUAGGAAUGGGGGGUCGAGCAAGGUAAUAGCUCUGAGGGCCAGGCAUUUGGGUAAUUGGCAGAGGGUUGGAUUCCUGGUCUGAGGAGAGGCCCAGGUCUGAGAAGCAGCGUGCAGUGACUCAGGAAGGCAGGCAUGGGUGGAGACUUCAGGCCACACAGUGAGCACUGGGCUCACCUUAGGGGCAAGGAGCUGCUCUACACUGGGCACGGCCUCAUGCACAACUUCCUUUGUCAGAGGCUGUGGCCAGGCAACAGGGCCCAGGGGGUCCUGAGAGGAGCUUGCGAGCACUGCCUGGGCCGCCCAGCGUGCCUGAGACGUGGGCACCAUGAAUGACGUGGCCAUCGUGAAGGAAGGCUGGCUGCACAAACGAGGGGAGUACAUCAAAACCUGGCGGCCCCGCUACUUCCUCCUCAAGAAUGAUGGCACCUUCACUGGCUACAAGGAGCGGCCACAGGAUAUGGAUCAGCGUGAGUCUCCUCUGAACAACUUCUCUGUGGCACAGUGCCAGCUAAUGAAGACCGAGCGGCCUAGGCCAAACACCUUCAUCAUCCGCUGCCUGCAGUGGACCACAGUCAUCGAGCGCACCUUCCAUGUGGAGACACCUGAGGAACGGGAGGAGUGGACAACCGCCAUCCAGACGGUGGCUGAUGGACUGAAGAAGCAGGAGGAAGAAAUGAUGGAUUUCCGGUCGGGCUCACCCAGCGACAACUCUGGUGCCGAGGAGAUGGAGGUGGCCCUUGCCAAGCCCCGCCACCGUGUGACCAUGAAUGAGUUCGAGUAUCUGAAGCUGCUGGGCAAGGGCACUUUUGGGAAGGUAAUCCUGGUGAAGGAGAAGGCCACAGGCCGCUAUUAUGCUAUGAAGAUCCUCAAGAAGGAGGUCAUUGUGGCCAAGGAUGAGGUGGCCCACACUCUCACUGAGAACCGCGUCCUGCAGAACUCCAGGCACCCCUUCCUCACCGCCCUGAAGUACUCCUUCCAGACCCACGACCGCCUCUGCUUCGUCAUGGAGUAUGCCAAUGGGGGCGAGCUCUUCUUUCACCUGUCUCGUGAGCGCGUGUUCUCCGAGGACCGGGCCCGCUUCUACGGUGCUGAGAUUGUGUCAGCCCUGGACUACCUGCACUCGGAGAAGAACGUGGUGUACCGGGACCUCAAGCUGGAGAACCUCAUGCUGGACAAGGACGGGCACAUCAAGAUCACAGACUUUGGGCUGUGUAAGGAGGGCAUCAAGGACGGUGCCACCAUGAAGACCUUCUGUGGUACCCCUGAGUACUUGGCCCCUGAGGUGCUGGAGGACAAUGACUAUGGCCGGGCAGUGGACUGGUGGGGGCUGGGCGUGGUCAUGUAUGAGAUGAUGUGCGGCCGCCUGCCCUUCUACAACCAGGACCACGAGAAGCUCUUCGAGCUCAUCCUCAUGGAAGAGAUCCGCUUCCCGCGCACGCUCGGCCCUGAGGCCAAGUCACUGCUCUCGGGGCUACUCAAGAAGGACCCCAAGCAGAGGCUCGGCGGGGGCUCCGAGGACGCCAAGGAGAUCAUGCAGCAUCGCUUCUUCGCCAGCAUCGUGUGGCAGGACGUGUACGAGAAGAAGCUCAGCCCACCCUUCAAGCCCCAGGUCACAUCAGAGACCGACACCAGGUAUUUUGAUGAGGAAUUCACGGCCCAGAUGAUCACCAUCACACCACCUGACCAAGACGACAGCAUGGAUUGUGCAGACAGCGAGCGGCGGCCACACUUUCCCCAGUUCUCCUACUCAGCCAGUGGCACAGCCUGAGGAGGCCACCGGGCAGCCAGGGCUCUGCUCCAGAAGAAGGCUCCACGGUGAGAGAAGACCCAGACGGAUGUGUAUUCAAAGGCUUUUUAUUUCUUGGGUGCAUUUGAGAGGAGCCAUGACAUUCCUCCUGAGCACGGAUGGAAAGACGUUUCGUGCUGUGGGCAGCAUACUCGGGGAAGAAAAUUGUCCUGCGGAUUUUCUUAAUUUAUUUCAUCCAAUUUGUGCUCCAGAUGUGGCCUUGGGCCUCAGAACAAUUAGAUUCUCGUAGGAAAAUGUUAGGAUUUAUGCAGCGACGUGCAAAGGGGCUGGGGGUCUGGUGGGUCCUGCUGCCGGCCCCGCCCCAUUAGCCUGUCUCACCAGCUGCCCCUGCCUCAUAGUGGCAUGCUGGCUAGCACUCUUGGGGGGCACAUGGCUGCCCCCAGCACUAAGGCCGUGCCUGCAAGGUUGGCCCCCCUGAGCCCUGGGGUUGGGGCUGGGCCAGGGUUCACCCACAGGAAAGAGGAACAAGGUUUAACUCGUUGCUGUGUAUUAUGUUGUUUAAAUGCAUUGUGGGGGGUUAAUCUUAGUAAAGAGAAAGCCCCUCCCCACCCCCCACCCCCUUUUCCCUCCUGUGUCAUGGUCUCGGUGGCUGUCCCAUCGAGCCCCUUUUCAAAUGACUUCUCCACAGUAGCACUUGACCUUUUAGACGCUUACCUUUUUGGCUGUAUGUCCCUGGCCCAUCCAGCUCCCUCUUGCAGGGAGGCUGUUCUUGGGCCUCACACCCUCCCGGCCAGAUGCUGCUGCAGCUGCUGCACCAUGGCAUUUUUUUACAAUUCAACUUUUAGUAUUUUUACUAUUAUAAUAUGAAACUUUCCCUCCAAAUUCAAUAAAAAUUGCUUUUC